CAGGAGUAGGAAGAAGCACAUUCCCCGUAGCUAAUCGUCCCCAUAGCACGUCCCCGUGGGUAGCAUGCAGCACUCUAUUUCCAUGGAGGUCAUCCGAGUCGCUCACCCUCGCGCCAGCCUGAUCAACCCGUCGCUGCAUUCCUCCACGGUUCGACUUGCAACCUCUCGACCUCCCCCUAGCUUCUCCCGCGCACGCGUUCCGACGAGAGCGUUACCGCGCGUGACGUGUGAAUCGCAGGCGCCUGUAGUGGUUCACCAUGUAGAUUCCGCAAAACGAGGCAGAUUUCCGGCAGCCGACGAGAUCGCUGGCAGUGCUGCGCCGAUCACCAUUGGUAGAAGAGCGUUUGUGGCAACUUCGCUCCUCUUUCCGUUCUCCCUGAACGUCCAGGAAGCCAUUUCCGAAGAGGAGCAGCGAUCGGAUGGCCUUCGGCUGUACGAGGACGCGGCGAGCCGGUUCGCCAUCCGCGUGCCGGCGGCGUGGGAGCAGCGGGAGAAGGCGGGCGCGACGGCGCUCUUCGCGGACCCUGAGAGGCGUGGCGACAACCUGGGCGUCGUCGUGAACCCCGUGCGCGUGCGAUCGCUGCGCGACUUCGGCGACAUCGACCUCGUCGCCACCCGGCUGCUGGACGCGGAGCGACGGAAGGAAAGCACCAAGAGUGCGGAGAUCUUGUCGCAGAGAGCCAAGGAGUUGCCUGGAGGCAUUCCCCUGUACCAGAUAGAGUACUCGCUCGCCAGCACCAGGGGCAGCAAGAGGAUACUAACCACGGUGACUAUAGCGGAUAGGAGGCUGUACAUUGUUAACAUUGCGGUGGCAGAUUCGCAGGACGAGCCGGUGGAUCUGACCACUCUCGGCAUGCUGCGCAGAGCCCUGGAUUCGUUUGCGCUGCUGGGCUGAAGAACCCAACCCAAAGCUCGCCUCGUAUUCCAGACUGUCACACAUCCGUAACCAGCGAAAAAGGCAUUCUGUAGCACAAGCCGUGUGCGGCAUGCUGCCACUCAAGCCACAAUGAAGUCAUGCCCGAUUCCCACUACAGUUGGCAGCAACAAGCGGAACCCAAGGGAGUGCUGCUUAUUGCUUGUGGAAUGCCCGGGAGCAGGGAGGAGACCACCACACUGAAACAACUGAGCUUGUGCUACUGCUGUUUUCUGAGUUACCCCUGACACAGGACAUGUGGGAGCCUUGACGAAACAUCUGCCUGUUUCAGCA